UAUUUUAUCCUCACUGUACUGAUGAACACCCUGCGGCCACAAUAACAUGACAGACACUGUGACAGCCAUGUAGCUCCGCCCCCUGGUGACAUCACAGCACUGUGGCUAUAAAGCAGUAGCAGAGAAGAACAGAAACACAACAACAGGAGUCAUGUGGAGCCGAGGAGUCCUGCAGACAAUCAGACGAGUGUCCACCAACAGACAGGCGGGAGUGCUCUUCGAUGUGGACGGUGUCCUCCUCCGUGGACGCUCUGUCCUUCCAGGAGCUCGUCAAGCUAUCAGAAAACUUCUGGACCAAAACAACAACUUCCUGUUUCCUGUCGUCUUUGUCACCAACGCAGGAAGCUGUCAGAGACGGGACAAGGCGGAGCAGCUGUCCAAUCUGCUGGACGUCCAGAUCACCCCUGAGCAGGUGGUUCUUUCCCACAGUCCUUUGCAAAUGAUGAAGAGCUUCCAUGACAGGUGUGUCCUGGUGUGUGGACAGGGACCAACAACCAACAUCGCCAACACUUUGGGUUUCCAGAAGGUGCUGAGCAUCGAGCAGCUCGCACAACAGCACCCCCUACUGGACAUGGUCGACCACCAGAGGAAGCCCACAUCACCUUCAUCCCCUGCACAGAGUCUGCCCCAGAUACAAGCAAUCAUCCUGUUUGGGGAGCCAAUCAAAUGGGAGACCAACCUGCAGUUGCUGAUUGACGUGCUUCUGACCAAUGGGAGACCUGGAAAUGUGCACAACACCCAGCUGUUGAACCAGCUCCCCAUUCUCGCCUGCAACAUGGACCUGCUGUGGAUGGCUGAGGCGCCGUCACCACGGUUUGGUCAUGGGAUGUUCCUGUUGUGUCUGGAGUCAGUCUACAAGAAGCUGACGGGCCGAGAGCUGUGCUAUGAGGCUCUGCUGGGUAAACCCAGUCUGCUCACCUAUCAGUAUGCCGAGCAGCUGCUACGACAGCAGAACCACAACCGCAAACUGACCACUGUCUACGCUGUCGGUGACAACCUCAUGACGGACAUCUAUGGUGCUAACCUGUACAAUCGUUACCUGGUCCGGCAGCACACUGCCAUGACAACCGCUGCCAAGCUGGUUGCCCAGGGAACAGGGAGUCAGGUGACGAUGGCAGAGGAGGAGGUGGUGUGUGCUGCUCAGUGUCGCUCUAUUCUGGUGUGCACAGGUGUCUAUAACCCUCGCUCCCUGUUGCCUGGCGACCAGAACAGUGGUGUCUCAGAGACGGUGUUUCAUGGUGACAAAGACCUGACGCUGGAGCCGGACCUAGUGGAGCCGAGUCAUGUGGUGGAGGACGUGGAGGCAGCUGUGGACCUGCUGCUGGAGCAGGAAAGCAGCAUGACCUCUGAGCUCUGAGCUCAGGACCAACAUGAUGAAAGAAACACAGAAAUAGAAGAACUCACAGCUCCGGAGGAUUCUUCUGUCUCUCAUCAAACUGAAUGUGGACCUGACUCUAACCGCUGAAGACGUUAAACGAACAUGAACUUCUCUGUGAUUAAUGUUGGGAACACAUAAUAAAGUUCAGAUGCGUUCCACUAUAAGCUUCAUCUGAUAGUUCACGCCACAGUCACAAACACACACAGCGCCACCCAGUGACGGAUGCUCAAACUGCAAACCAGCGUGCUACAAUGAUUAAAUGACAGGAGAUAUGAAGAAUGAGAGGGUUAGAGAUCCACAAGGAAACACGAUGAAUGGGACAAAUCCUACUAAUUAAACUGUUGCACACUCUUAUGCAGAUUAUUUUUGUUUAUUUGUUGUUAUGUUUUAACCAGUUAUUCACCUUUGGCAUGUUUGUUAGCAGAUUUUAUGUGUUUUCUUGAUUAUUUGUAUGUUUGUACUUUAGCUUCUGUUUACAUGUUUACCCAGACCUCAGAUGUUUUAAGUAUAUUUUAUGCAGUUUUAACAGAUUCAAGGUAUUGUUUAACAAACUGUUUUUUUCAUUUUGUUUUUUAUACCAGAAAUAGUGUAUUUAUAAAUAUUGUUCAUGAAUGUUUGACAGAUUUUGUUUAUUUUUUAACAUACUGCAGGUGUUUUCUAGAUUAUUUGGGUGUUUGGAUUUUAGGAUCUGUCGACAUGCUUUCCAGACAUGAUUUAUUUUUACCACAAUAAAUGAAUUUUUAAAAAACA